AUGGACAUCGACAUCUCCGACAUCCUCGCCUCCGUCUCCCCCCCCUCCGUCUCCCCCUCCCUCCUCGACCUCCAAUCCCUCACCCGCGCCUUCAUCGCCGAGCGCGUUGCUCCCUCUCUCCUCCCCUAUCCCUCCGCCCUCAUGACCCGCGUCCUCGCCCGCAUCGCCGCGCAAAUCGAGCUCGUCGAGCACGAAACCGGCAAGGUCGACCCGCGCGCCAACUUCCGCCUCGUGGUGCUGCAGACCGAGGUGGAGCGCUGGAAGUACCUGGUGCGGGCGCUGCUGCGCGCGCGGAUCGCGAAGCUGGCGGACUAUCCACUGUUUUACCUCGAGGAUGCGGAGGUGAGUGGAAGGUUGUCGGCGGCGGAGCGGCAGUACUUGGGGGCAAGGCAAGGGUUGUUAGGGGAGCAUUAUGCGGUGGCGUUUUUGGGGCAGUUUCCGGCGGGGUUGCGGCGGUUGGACGAUGCGAGUGGGGGGGUGAGGAUGGUGGAUCGACCGGAUGAGGAGGCGGCGGUGUUUGUGCGGUGUUUGCGGGAUAUAGGGCCGGUGAGGGUGGAGGGGACGGAUACGGAGGCGGAUAUGCGGAGGGGGGAUGUGUGGGUGAUGCGGUGGAGUGUGGUGAGGGAGUGGUGGGAGAAUGGAGAUGUGGAGCUGAUUUGA